CUAUUGACUUCCUUUCCGCAAGCUCCAAGGAUUAAACCAUCAUCUUUUCCGAUUUUCCCUUUUCUGGCCUUGAAACCCUAAAACAUCUAUUCUCUCUUCAUUCUCGCGUUAACAACUUAACAUUCAUCACUCGUGAGGAAGAAUUCUCCGAUUAAGAAGAGUAGCUGGCGGGGUCCUACGGUUUCUGCUUGCCGCCUCCCGCUGCGUUCGUCUUCCGUCGCUGCUCAGAAGCAAAAAGAGGGAGUUUUUGCGUCGCUGAUCGGAGUUUCAGCUCACUGAAGCAUUGAAGGGUUAAUUGCAAUCGGAGAGAGAUGUUUUCCGGUCUGAAAUUCAUACCCAGGGACAAAAUUGACGAAGCCCGAGAUGAAGAUGUAAGCAAAUCCUCGAAGAGGAGAAAGAAGGACGGCAAAAGGGAGAAGAAGGGGAAGAGGAGCUCGCGGUCGAAGAACAGUUCCGACGAUGAUGAUUUGGAGAGAAUUAAAGAAGGGUCGAGGAGGAAAAAGAAGUGGUAUUCCUCCGACGAGUAUUCGUCCUCGUCGGCGUCUGAAGAUGACGAGGAUCGGAAACGAAGAGCCAGGAGUAAAAAGCGGGAUAAAGGAUCCAGAAAAGAGGAUUCUUCACCUGAAGGUGGUAGAGAAUCUGACUCCAUGAAUGAUAUGGAGAUUACUAGGAAGGAAAUGGGAUUGGAUUGGAUGCUUAAACCUGCAGAGAGUGCGGACAAAAGGUCUGCUGCCAUGGUCGAUGAGCAGCCAGAGGAGCCUGCUGAGGAGGUGAAAAGGGCGAAUCCCAGAGAACUAAAUCCCUAUCUGAAGGAUGACGGAAGUGGUUAUCCUGAUGAGGCAGAGGAAAAACGUAGUGUAGAUCGGCUCCCGUCAUCUGCAGUUGUUGGAGAUGGAGGCGCAAGUUGGAGGCUCAAAGCCUUAAAGCGUGCACAGGAGCAAGCAGCUAGAGAAGGGCGAAAGCUUGAUGAGGUUGUGAAAGAAAGGUGGGACUCUCUUGGUCAAUUAGCCGUAUCUGCUGCAUCUCACAGGGCAGCCCCAUCUCGGGCUCAUUUACAUGCCAUUAAAAGUAGACAGGCAAGGCAGACAGAGGAUCAACAACCUGCCUCGGAUGGUAAAAGUAAGAGAGAUAUUAACAAGAGUAAUGAUAGAAGCUACUUGAAGGAUGUUUCUUUCCGGAGUGAAAUGAGAGCCCCUAAGGUGCAUGAGAGCUUAUCCUGGGGAAAGCAGAAAAAGAAGUUGUCUACUAAUGAUGCAAACCUUAUAUCCAGUGCAGCAUCUUGCUUGAACAAGUUCUCUAAUGAUGGAAGCUUUAUGAACCAACUACUUGGUCCAAAUGAUGAUUUGGAUGGUUCAAAACCAAAACAAGAGGCUGAGUUUAAAGUAGAUUCAUCUGACAGUAGUCAACCAUCUGAAGGUAGUCUAGUGAUUAAGGAAGGAAUGACUGCAAAUCAGUUGGCAGCUAAGGCUCUGCAGUUUCGUCUGAAGGGCAAGCAUGAAGAAGCUGAUAAGCUAAUGAAAGAGUCGGAGAAGUUGAAGGAGAAGCAGAGCGGUGGAGGACAUAUAAUUCAACAGCCUCGAAUCGCAGCAAGCACUGUCAGAUAUGCUGGACAACACACUCGAAAGAAGGACGAUGACAAUGCUGAUAGGAAUCUAGCUCGAACAAUAAUGCAGAACAAACAAUAUAGUUUAUCAGGUCGCGCAGAUGACGAGUAUGAUUAUCCUGGAGAUGGUCCAAGUAAGAAACUCCGAAAGAAGGAGAUGGACAAAAACGAUCGUUUGAAGUCCUCGGAGAACAACAAUUUUGCUUCUAGGCGCAUCCUGACACAACAAGAACGAUGCCUCUUUUGCUUUGAGAAUCCUAAUAGACCAAAACAUCUAGUCGUGUCAAUUGCAAACUUCACUUAUUUGACGUUGCCUCAGCAGAAACCACUUGUUCCUGGCCAUUGUUGCAUCCUACCGUUGCAGCACGAGGCAGCUACACGGAACGUGGAAGAUAGCGUGUGGGAGGAGAUCCGUAACUUCAAGAAAUGCCUGAUACGGAUGUUCGCAAAACAGGAUAAGGAGGUGGUUUUUCUUGAAACGGUGAUAGGCUUGGCGCAACAACGCCGGCAUUGCUUGCUUGAGUGCAUCCCUCUGCCUCAAGAUAUUGCAAAAGAGGCCCCUCUUUAUUUCAAAAAGGCAAUUGACGAGGCUGAGGACGAGUGGAGCCAGCACAAUGCAAAGAAGCUGAUCGACACGAGCGUGAAGGGGCUUCGAGGUUCCAUCCCCAAGGACUUCCCUUACUUCCAUGUUGAAUUCGGACUGGACAAAGGGUUCGUCCACGUGAUCGAUGACGAGUCUCAGUUCAACAGCAGCCUUGGCCUGAAUGUUAUCAGAGGCAUGAUGGAGCUGCCUGAUGAAGAUAUGUACAGCCGCAGGAGGAGACACGGAACAGUCGAAGGGCAGAAGCUCGCGGUUGCUGAGUUUGUGCGGGAUUGGGAACCUUUCGACUGGACCAAACAGCUUCACUGAAAGCCUGCACCCCCUAUAGAAGAUAGUUUUGUCAGGGACAGAGACUGUAGCAGUGUAUUUGCUCCUUCCAAAUUGUUCAAUGUUUGUAUACCAGGUUGUAUUUGUACAUAGAUGGAUUUACGAGGCGCCACUAGUUGAGUACUAGCUUCAUGAUUGGAUUUUUCUAUCUCUUACAGAUGGUCUCGAUGUAGCACUUGUAGCAACAAAAACUUAAAAUGAAACUGGUGUUUACUUCAACAAUUGAAGGAUCCAAAUAACCAUUUCAAAAAGGGGAUCCAAAGAUAAAUUUGAAUUAAUAGAUUGAAUAUGAUUUGGAUUCUUACUUGAUCACUUGUCAUCUUUAUUCUUUCUUAAGUUGACUUUAUUUUUCUUUGUUGCCAGAAAGGUGAAUUUUUUAUUAUUAUUGUAAUGUGAUGCGUUAGCCAAAUCUCAUAUCGACAGAUAUUAAAAGAGAUUCAAGAUUUAUAAGACGAAAUCGAUAUUUACCAGCGAGACGCGUUCUGGGAUGACAUAGAAAGAAUACAUAUGAGAACUCUGAAAUUAAUUAAACGUGUUCACCGUUGAGUACCGUAACAAUAAGUGACCUCUUGGAAAGUCAUUUUGAUAUGCAACCCAAAUAAAAAAAACCAUGUAGGUGUAGAGUCUACUUGUCAAACCGGUUUAUGCCAGUGUGCCGGUUUAGCAAGUGGAAUGGUUCGACCGGUGGCACAUACCGGUUUGUGCCGGUUCAUGCGGUCAAUAUUACAAAUAAAAUUAUAAAUACUCAUAUUUAAACAUGACAUUUAACGCCAAUACCUUAACAUUUAUAUUUGAAUCCAACAAAUAACAUCAAUAUUUAACUUUUAUACUCAUAAAAUAAAUAAUAAAAUAAUUUUUAUCAAUUAAAUUCGCUAAAAUAAGGUCAUUGUUUUUAGAUAUUCGUAUAUCGAUCAUGCCGGUCAUACCGGUGAUGUCACGCCGGUUUUAUGACCGGUAUCGGUUGAACCUGGUACAACCAGUGACACGCCAGCCGACAUGACAACCAUGGUGUAGACUCAAAGCAUACAAUAUCUCAAUCGAAAAAGAUAAAUCGGGAUCGGGAUGUUACACAUUGUGUCAUCAUAUUUAUUUUGAAAAUUCUGUUUUAAUAAAGUAUUUGAUAUUUC